AUCGCCAUUUUGUUUUCAAAUUUAGCUACUGUGAGCGAAACAUAAACUUUGGAGCUGACAGUGAUACUUAUUAUUGUCCAAUAACACCUGAAAAAAUGACGACUUACAGGGCCGCUGACUCGAAGCGUGAAGAGUUCAGGAAAUACCUAGAAAAGGCCGGUGUGUUGGACACCUUGACUAAAGUUCUUGUUGCACUUUAUGAAGAACCAGAGAAGCCAAACAACGCACUAGACUUUUUAAAACAAAAUCUUGGAACUGGUGGUCCAGACACAGCAGAUGUUGAAGCCCUGCGCCUAGAAGUGACUGAACUCAGACAAAAAAUUGAGCAACUCAACGAAGAAAACAGUGAACUGAAAUCAAAGUUGUUACAGUAUGAACCAUCAGCAGAAGGUGAACAACCAGCUGAGAGUUAAGAUGUAUUAUAUCAGUUCUCAUGGGUGUACCAACUACCUGCACAUAUUAGCAAAUACCCGGCUCUCUGUACACUUGAUAUUGUGGUCUUGCCAGUUUUCAGUCUCUUUGGCAUUAUCUACAAUAAUGAAUGUGCAUUGAAACCCAUUCAUUCAAGCUUGUAACAUAUGAUCUACUGUACCCAUGUAGUAAAACCGCAAAGAUUUUCUUUAUUUUUAUUUUCACAUUAUGGUAUCUAUUUAAAGUAUUUGAAAGCAAUCAGAGUUUGAUAACAUUGUGAUAUGGUAUUUUUGUUUAACCCUUGCGUCCGUUUGACCACUACUGGCACAUUUUAUAGUAAUGUGGCCAAAAUUGAAACACUGCUUUGCCUUGAAUCUUUGUCCAUGGAUUGCAUCAACUACAAAUAUCAAAAUAUUUUCAUUUUGGAAUGCAUUAGUGGGGUGGGGUCACAUCUGUGAAAAAUAUGCAUGAAUUCCACUGCAUAUUCACAUACAAUUCUCUGAAUUGCAUUUCCCGUUUCGGAUGUUAUACUGUAUAAUUGGGUGAGAUACAAAAGGGUGAUAAAAAAUAUUAGUUUUUGUUUUCUACACACAAUAUUACUGCUAUCAGUGUGAUUUUGGUUUUCUAAACACUAGUAGUGUAAGUAGUUUUUUGAUUGUAUUUAGUCAUCAAUAAAGCUAUAUUUGUCCCCAUA